AAAGCGAUCACUGGACAGAGCUGUAUAUAAGGCCCUCGGUCCGAUGGGAAUGUACAUUAUCGCUCAAGAGCUUUAGACACAACCCCACCACAGCAAAAUGUUCAAGUUUUUGGUUAUUGCCGCCCUCAUCGCCUGCUCCUCGGCCAAGCCCGGUCUGGUGGCUCCACUCAGUCUUCCCGUGAGUGGCGUUCCUCUGGCCACCGCCCCAGUGGCCAGUGUGCCCGUGGUCACGGCUCCCCUGUCAGCCGCCGGUGGCAGCAGCCAGGUGGAUGUCCGCAACAACUACGACGGCACCCUCUCCUCCUACACCACGGCUCCGUUCGAGUACGCCGGACCCGUCUCCAGCCGCUACGUGUCGGGUGUUCCGGCCGCCCCCGCCCUGGUGUCCGCCCGGUACGCUGCUGCUCCCCUGACGGCCGCCGCCGCCGCUUACUCCGCUCCACUGACGGCUGCCUACUCGACUCCUUACGCCUCUGCCCUGGGAGCUGCCGCCGCCUACUCUGCCUAUCCCUACGCCGCUCCCUACGCCGCUCCCUACGCCGCUCCCUACGCUGCUCCCUACGCCGCUCCCUACGCCUCUCCCUACCUCGCCUCCCCCUACGCCGCUCCCUACGCUGCUCCCCAAGUCGUGGUCUAAGGAAAACGCCAGACACCAAGCUAUAGCCAAUUUUGUAUAACUGUACUAACUUUUUGAUUAAAUGCGAAACUAAAAAGUUUGCCCCCACCAACAAA